AACGCUCUCUACCAUGUCCGCAGGUAUCAAAGGGCUCGCACCGUCCGAGGUUCAGUAUGAUGGCUCAGCAUUGCGCGUCGCCAUCGUCCACGCCAGAUGGAACAAGACGGUCAUUGACGCUCUACUGGCGGGCGCAAUCGCCAAACUGAAGUCGCUCGGGGUGAAAGAGCACAACAUCGUCGUCCAGACGGUGCCCGGGAGUUUCGAGCUGCCUCUCGCAGUCCAAAAGGUCAUCUCCGGCGCGCAGGUUCAGGCAGGUGCGACCGCGACCGAUCUGCUGGGCGGGCUCAUGUCUCUGUCGUCGCCAAAACCUGGAUCACGCACGGGCACCCCGGCACCCGGAGCGUCGUCUGCUACUGCGAACAUGCCUAGCCAGCCCUUCGACGCUGUCAUCGCGAUCGGCGUUCUGAUCAAGGGGUCCACCAUGCACUUUGAAUAUAUCUGCGACAGCGUGUCCCAUGCGUUGAUGCGAGUGCAACUGGACACUGGUGUACCUGUCAUCUUUGGCGUGUUGACGGCGCUCACGGAAGAUCAAGCGCUGGAGCGUGCAGGACUGGGGAAGGGGGAGAACAAGGGUCACAACCACGGUGAAGACUGGGGUGCUGCUGCUGUGGAGAUGGCAUCGCACUCCAGAAGAUGGGGAGAGGGCAAGUUCUGAAGGACAGGUCAGCGAACUGAAAAGAAUCUGAAGUCUUGCAGGAUGUACCAACAUACGGGACGAUGCGUUUGUAAUUUGUAUGGAGCACUACAUAUACUUGAAUCUUCAUCGUUUAUGCCCAGCAAGUAUCAACUUGUUGCUCAUCAGCAAUACUUGAAACAAGCAA